AGUACGUGCGUGAGCGAGUGAGCGGAAAGUCAGUGCGGCGCCGUGUCCCGGGGGGGAAGGGUCGGGGAGGGAGGGAGGGUGGGCCUGGGAGACCGCCCGCAGCGUGCCUCUCGCCGCCACCGGGGCUCCCUUUCCGCGUCCCCCAGCCCCGGUGGGCAGUUACCUGUCCCCUCCCCCGCGGCCACGCAACUCCCCCCUCCUCCCACGGCGCCCAGCGCGGUGCUCCGCAGCCGGGACUCAUCCCCCGGGCGCCGCGCGCUCGUCCCCGGGAGCCGGCGGGCGGGAUGGGGGGCUCGGGGGCGCGAGCCGGACUCCGGGCUCCUGCACAAUAGUUGAUGCCCGGGGACCAGUCGCUUCGGCCUCCGCGGCGCAACGGAGCGCGGCAGCUGCGGGGACCCUCUCGGAGCGAGGCUGGUGGCGAGCCGCGCUGAUCCCGCCCCGGCGGCCCCUAACGCCGGGCGCUCGGAGCCUCGGAUCUCCGCAGAGGAGGCGGCGAGCGAGCGCGCCCCGACCGUCUGCACGCUUUCUCUUUCUCCCCAGGGAGAGCGCGCGGACGACGCGCCCGGGACGCGCGGCUGCACCGGGAAGCCCAGGCCAAGCGGUUUUGAGAGAUUGCUACAAUUUGGACUCACAAGCAAGAUUUACUGCAAACUUUGAGAUGGAGUAGGUCAUAUGUCAUUAGUGUGGACGCUGCUGUCUUAAGUCUGUGGCCAUGGCACCAGAACACAGGGAAGCGUGGGAUUCUGGUGACCACAGAGCCCCAGUGAUGCAAGCUCUACUCAGUCUUAGGGACUGAAGGAAGCCUGCUGUUAGAGUGAGGCACAGGGACUGAAGGAAGCCUGCUGUUAGAGUGAGGCACAGGGACUGUUGUGGAUUACAAUGUUUGGAAGAUCUGGGUUCUCUGUCGUCUGCAAACAAGGCAUCAUUUAACCUUUUAAAUGAAAAGGCUUAAGAUCUCAACACCACUGCUGUAUUUUCUGGAAGCCAUUCUCUAAAGCAGAAGUGCAUAUUUAAAACGCAAACAUGGUGAUCCUUUCUGCAGGGAUUUAAGUGAUCGCUUUUUACAUCAUGACCAGUUUGAAGCGGUCGCAGACCGAAAGACCUGUCACCGCUGACAGAGCCUCUGUUGUCAGCACAGAUGGCGCCCCCAAAGUCCACACCGAUGACUUCUACAUGCGUCGCUUCCGCUCUCAGAAUGGCAGCCUAGGAUCAUCAGUCAUGGCUGCAGUGGGGCCCCCUCGAAGUGAAGGCCCUCACCAUAUCACCUCAACCCCCGGGGUCCCCAAGAUGGGGGUUAGGGCAAGAAUAGCAGAUUGGCCUCCGAGAAAGGAAAAUGUAAAAGAAUCCAGCCGUUCAAGCCAGGAAAUAGAAACCUCAAGUUGCCUUGAGAGCCUGUCCUCCAAAGGCAGUCCUGUGAGUCAGGGGAGUUCUGUUAGCCUCAAUUCCAAUGACUCAGCCAUGCUGAAGAGCAUACAGAACACCCUGAAGAACAAGACAGGGCCAGCGGAGAGCAUGGACUCCAGAUUCCUCAUGCCUGAAGCCUACCCCAGUUCCCCCAGGAAAGCCCUUCGCAGAAUUCGGCAGCGCAGCAACAGUGAUAUCACCAUAAGUGAGCUUGAUGUGGAUAGCUUCGAUGAAUGUAUCUCCCCAACCUACAAGUCGGGGCCAUCAUUGCACAGGGAAUAUGGCAGCACAUCUUCAAUCGACAAGCAGGGAACAUCCGGAGACAGCUUCUUCGAUUUGUUAAAGGGCUAUAAAGAUGACAGAUCUGACCGAGGUCCAACUCCAACCAAACUCAGUGACUUCCUCAUCACUGGUGGGGGCAAGGGUUCUGGUUUCUCCUUGGAUGUGAUCGAUGGCCCCAUCUCACAGAGAGAGAACCUCAGGCUUUUCAAGGAAAGGGAAAAACCACUCAAGCGACGCUCUAAGUCUGAGACUGGAGACUCGUCCAUUUUUCGUAAAUUGCGCAAUGCCAAAGGUGAAGAACUCGGGAAAUCAUCAGACCUUGAAGACAACAGAUCAGAAGAUUCUGUGAGGCCCUGGACAUGUCCAAAGUGCUUUGCCCACUAUGAUGUCCAGAGCAUAUUGUUUGACUUGAAUGAAGCCAUUAUGAACAGACAUAAUGUGAUUAAGAGGAGAAACACCACAACAGGAGCUUCGGCGGCUGCGGUGGCAUCCUUGGUCUCCGGACCUCUGUCUCACUCAGCCAGCUUCAGCUCUCCCAUGGGCAGCACAGAGGACCUCAACUCCAAAGGAAGCCUUGGCAUGGACCAGGGAGAUGACAAGAGCAAUGAACUCGUCAUGAGCUGUCCGUAUUUUCGGAAUGAGAUUGGGGGAGAAGGUGAGAGGAAGAUCAGCCUGUCCAAGUCGAAUUCUGGCUCAUUUAGUGGGUGUGAGAGCACAUCCUUUGAGUCUGCCCUCAGCUCUCACUGCACCAACGCGGGCGUGGCAGUUCUCGAAGUGCCCAAGGAAAGCUUGAUGCUGCAUCUGGACAGGGUGAAAAGGUACACCGUGGAACACGUGGAUCUUGGCGCAUACUAUUACAGGAAGUUCUUCUACCAGAAGGAACACUGGAACUAUUUUGGGGCUGAUGAGAACCUCGGUCCAGUGGCUGUGAGCAUUCGAAGGGAAAAACCAGAAGACAUGAAGGAAAACGGAUCUCCAUACAACUACCGAAUAAUAUUCAGGACUAGUGAGCUCAUGACGCUGAGGGGGUCUGUCCUGGAGGAUGCCAUUCCCUCCACGGCCAAGCACUCGACAGCCAGGGGAUUGCCUCUGAAAGAGGUGCUGGAACACGUGAUCCCAGAGCUCAACGUGCAGUGCCUGCGCUUGGCCUUCAACACACCCAAAGUCACAGAGCAGCUCAUGAAACUGGACGAGCAAGGGCUGAACUAUCAGCAGAAAGUAGGCAUCAUGUACUGCAAAGCAGGCCAGAGCACGGAGGAGGAGAUGUACAACAACGAGUCUGCAGGCCCAGCCUUUGAGGAGUUCCUUCAGCUGCUGGGGGAACGAGUCCGGCUAAAAGGAUUCGAGAAGUAUCGUGCGCAGCUUGACACCAAAACUGACUCCACUGGAACCCACUCUCUGUACACAACCUACAAAGACUAUGAGAUAAUGUUCCACGUCUCCACCAUGCUGCCCUACACACCUAACAACAAGCAACAGCUCCUGAGGAAGCGGCACAUUGGGAAUGACAUUGUGACAAUAGUUUUCCAAGAGCCUGGAGCACAACCAUUCAGCCCGAAAAACAUCCGGUCUCACUUUCAGCAUGUUUUUGUCAUUGUCCGGGCUCACAACCCUUGCACUGAGAGUGUCUGUUACAGUGUGGCAGUCACCAGGUCCAGAGAUGUACCUUCUUUUGGACCUCCCAUCCCUAAAGGGGUCACCUUCCCCAAGUCAAAUGUGUUCAGGGACUUCCUUUUGGCCAAAGUGAUAAAUGCAGAAAAUGCUGCUCAUAAAUCAGAGAAGUUCCGGGCCAUGGCGACAAGGACCCGCCAGGAAUACCUGAAAGAUCUGGCAGAAAAGAAUGUCACCAACACACCUAUUGACCCUUCUGGCAAGUUUCCAUUUAUUUCUCUGGCCUCCAAGAAGAAGGAAAAGUCUAAGCCUUAUCCAGGAGCUGAGCUCAGUAGCAUGGGGGCCAUUGUGUGGGCUGUCCGGGCCAAAGACUACAACAAGGCCAUGGAGUUCGACUGCCUCCUUGGGAUCUCCAGCGAGUUCAUCGUCCUCAUUGAGCAGGAGACAAAGAGUGUGGCUUUCAAUUGCUCCUGCAGAGAUGUCAUAGGGUGGACUUCCAGCGACACCAGCCUCAAAAUCUUCUAUGAGCGGGGAGAAUGUGUGUCGGUGGAGAGCUUCAUUAGCGGUGAAGAUAUCAAAGAAAUUGUCAGAAGGCUGCAGUUUGUUUCAAAAGGUUGUGAAUCUGUGGAAAUGACUCUGCGAAGAAAUGGGCUGGGGCAGCUUGGCUUCCAUGUCAACUAUGAGGGCAUUGUGGCGGAUGUAGAACCCUACGGCUACGCAUGGCAAGCAGGGCUGAGGCAGGGCAGCCGCCUGGUGGAGAUCUGCAAGGUAGCAGUGGCCACCCUGAGCCAUGAACAGAUGAUCGAUCUCUUGAGAACAUCAGUCACAGUGAAGGUUGUCAUUAUCCCUCCCCAUGACGACUGCACCCCACGGAGGAGUUGCUCAGAAACCUACCGCAUGCCAGUGAUGGAGUACCAGAUGAAUGAAGGCAUUUCCUACGAGUUCAAGUUUCCCUUCCGGAAUAAUAACAAAUGGCAGCGGAAUGCCAGCAAGGGUGCUCAUUCGCCCCAGGUUCCAUCUCAGCUGCAGAGUCCCAUGACCUCACGACUGAAUGCUGGGAAGGGAGAUGGGAAAAUGCCCCCUCCAGAAAGAGCUGCCAACAUCCCUCGAAGCAUCUCCAGUGACGGGCGCCCACUGGAAAGGAGGCUGUCUCCUGGUUCGGACAUCUAUGUGACAGUCUCAUCCAUGGCUUUGGCGAGAUCCCAGUGCCGUAACUCUCCCAGCAACUUGUCUUCGUCCAGUGAGACUGGCUCUGGAGGUGGUACCUACAGACAAAAAUCCAUGCCCGAAGGGUUUGGGGUGAGCCGAAGAUCCCCAGCUUCCAUCGACAGGCAGAACACCCAGUCGGAUAUAAGUGGCAGUGGAAAAUCCACUCCCAGCUGGCAGAGAAGUGAGGACAGCCUUGCCGACCAGAUGGAGCCGACGUGCCAUCUCCCAGCAGUAUCGAAGGUACUGCCUGCUUUCCGAGAGAGCCCCAGUGGGAGAUUGAUGCGGCAGGAUCCAGUGGUUCACUUGUCUCCAAACAAACAAGGCCAUUCUGACAGCCACUACUCCAGCCACUCCAGCAGCAACACGCUCUCCAGCAACGCCUCGAGUGCACACAGUGACGAGAAGUGGUACGAUGGGGACCGCACGGAGUCCGACCUCAACAGCUACAACUACCUACAGGGCACGUCUGCCGACAGCGGGAUUGACACCGCCUCCUACGGCCCCAGCCAUGGCAGCACGGCCUCCCUGGGGGCCUCCACAUCCUCACCUCGUUCAGGGCCAGGCAAAGAAAAGGUGGCUCCCCUGUGGCACAGCUCCAGUGAAGUGCUCUCCCUGGCAGAUCGGACCUUAGAGACUGAGGGCCACGGCAUGGACAGGAAAGCAGAGUCCUCCCUGAGCCUGGACAUCCACAGCAAGAGCCAGGGCGGGUCAAGCCCGCUGAGCAGGGAGAACAGCACCUUCAGCAUAAAUGAUGCUGCGUCCCACACCAGUACCAUGAGCUCCCGACACUCUGCCAGCCCAGUGGUAUUCUCCAGUGCCAGAAGUUCCCCCAAAGAGGAGCUUCACCCCACCGCAUCCUCCCAGCUCGCACCGUCCUUUUCCUCUUCUUCCUCAUCCUCCUCUGGACCUAGGACUUUCUACCCUCGCCAGGGCGCCACUAGCAAAUAUCUGAUUGGAUGGAAAAAGCCAGAAGGAACCAUUAACUCCGUGGGAUUUAUGGACACACGAAAGCGACAUCAGAGUGAUGGCAAUGAGAUAGCCCACACUAGGCUUCGAGCCUCAACCAGGGACCUGCAGGCAUCCCCAAAGCCGACCUCCAAGUCUACCAUUGAGGAAGAUCUAAAGAAACUCAUCGACCUUGAGAGCCCAACUCCCGAAUCCCAGAAGAAUUUCAAGUUCCAUGCACUGUCCUCCCCGCAGUCCCCGUUCCCCACUACCCCUACCUCCCGGCGGGCCCUGCACAGGACUCUGUCAGAUGAGAGCAUUUACAGCAGCCAGAGGGAGCAUUUCUUCACCUCCAGGGCUUCGCUUCUAGACCAAGCCCUGCCCAACGAUGUCCUCUUCAGCAGUACCUACCCAUCUCUCCCCAAGUCACUUCCACUGAGGAGGCCAUCUUACACGUUGGGAAUGAAGUCAUUGCAUGGAGAGUUCUCUGCCUCGGACAGCUCCCUCACCGACAUCCAGGAGACCCGAAGGCAGCCUAUCCCUGACCCUGGCCUGAUGCCCCUGCCUGAUGCAGCUUCAGAUUUGGACUGGUCCAACCUAGUAGAUGCCGCCAAAGCCUAUGAGGUCCAGAGAGCCUCAUUUUUUGCUGCUAGUGAUGAAAACCAUCGCCCCCUGAGCGCGGCCUCCAACAGUGACCAGCUGGAGGAGCAGGCCCUGGUCCAGAUGAAGUCCUACAGCAGUAAGGACCCCUCUCCCACUCUGGCUUCUAAGGUGGACCAGCUGGAAGGUAUGCUGAAAAUGCUUCGAGAAGAUUUGAAGAAGGAAAAAGAAGACAAGGCCCAGCUGCAGGCGGAAGUUGAGCACCUGCGGGAGGACAACCUGAGGCUGCAGGAGGAGUCCCAGAACGCCUCGGACAAGCUGAAGAAGUUCACAGAGUGGGUCUUCAACACCAUAGACAUGAGCUAGGGCCAGCCGAGGGGAAACGAGAAAGGGACAGGCUGCCCUAUGUGGGCCCCUAAAGCACCCAUUCACGCCUUGGAAAGUAUUCUCAGAGUCCCCAGCGUCCCAGCCUGUUCAUAUCGGACAGUGCACAGCACAAUUGCAGAUCAACAAUCAUUAUCUGCCUUUUUUAGAAAAGAAAAACAAAAAAUUAAAUAAAAAUUUUAAAAAGUAAAAUAAAAAUUUAACUGCUCAAAUGUGAAUGUCUUUAUUUUUUGCACAAUAUCUUUCUCUGUUAUGUAUUUACAAAGAAGCUGGGCCCAGACCCAAGUGCCCCUGGCCCUCAGUCUCUGCUUCCAUCAGCUGACCUGGUUCAGGUACCCCAAGCUCCCUGUCCCCUGACAGAUGUCUGUGUUCCUAGGAAGGAAGUUUUUCUUUUUUAACUGUUUGGGGGUGGGGAGGGGCCUUUCCUUGCCUCAGUCCCUAAAAUGCCUGUGAGAGGGACUUUAAGGGAAGGCCCCACCCCUAAGUGGUCUGGGUGGGGCUUCUGCCCUCUGCAUCCUGUCUGCUGGGGACCAGCAGGGCCACACCACUCACCCUUCAGAUCUUGCAUCUUGUCCCUUCUUUCUCCAGAAGAACUGUCCCCAGUACCUUCCUAAUACUUUGUUUGGCUUAAGUGAACCCUACUAAAUCAGAAAUCAACCUAUUCCACCUUCCUGGCUCCUAACAUUAAUUGGCAUCUGAAUUUUCUCAAAUGAAAACCUUACCUGUUUGCAUUGUAAACACAUUUUGGUCAAAAGUCUCUCUCUCUAUAUAUAUAUAUAUAGUUUCUGUUUGAGAUUUUUAAAGAUGUAGCAAACUUUUUAAAGCUUGUUCAAAAUGACUAAUAAAUCUUUCUCACCAAAGCAAGACUUCAACCAGUGUUUGUAAUUAGGAAAAGCUAACAGCAGCAAAUGUUAAACCGCGAGUUUAAUCCCUGCCUGUUUGGAGCAAUGCCUAAAACAAAAUGGGCUUUUGGAACCUGCAUGUCGCAGUGUGGAGUUUAUGCACAGCAUUUUCUGCAUCCUUUUGAUGCCAUCCAAAGGACUCUGCUGCAGAAAUUACCCCUGCACUGUUCCUCCUGUCCAGUGAUGCAGGCUGUUCUGGGCCCCUAACCCUUGCUGCUGUACAGACAUGGGGCUGGCCAGUGUUAACUGGCGUUGUGCUAAAAGUUCCCUGCUGUAAACUAGAAAACCACUUGCCCUGGUUUCUAUCCCUAAAGCAAUAUGUAUCCCCCUUCCUCCUCCCUCUUCCUCCUCUCUCUCCCUCUCUGUCUCCCUCUGUCUUUCUCUUCUCUCUUCUCCUCUCUCUCUCUCUCUCUCUCCUCUCUCUCUCUCUCUCACACACACACACACCUCUUUAUGCUGUAGUUUCACAAAUGAUUGUGAGUUCCCCCACCACCAGGUUUUUUCUUUCCCCUGUUAACAUUUCUACCGUGAAGUAGGAGGAUUUGGGAAUGCUUUGUAAAGAUGAUAGUCGACUCUCUAAUGUCCAUGAAGGAGGUUGUACAUUGCCUGAUGUCUUUCUGUAAAUGAGAAAUAUUGCUAACAUCCGAGCAUUCUGAAGUCUUGCUUAUCUUCCCGAGUUUCCUUUCAUUUGGUUUUCCUGUUUCUUUGGGGACUUGGGGCAAGCUAUUUAUUAGAGUUUUGCAACCGAGUUCUUGUUUGAAGUCUCUGAAGACUACUUGUAAAAUUCAAACAAUAAAAUUCAUUUUAAAUGCUCUUUUAAAA